UCAGGCAGGGCCAAGCUGAAUGAGAAGGGCAGCCGGCAAUCCGGAGGGAGCGCGGCGCGGAUCAGAAAGCGACCCACGGAUUAGGUUCCGAUUCACACGACGCAGGCUGCAAGGGGCUGGUGAGAAACGGUGGUGGGUGCCCUCCCCUUCCCUCCCCUCCCUGCAAUUUUCCCUUGUCAGGGAUUCAACUGACUUAUUAAAAUUAAUGACGCAAGUUAAGCACCUGAGUUAAGGUUCGUCAGACUGCUCCGAAUGCCAGGCAUCACGGAGCGAACUGGGCUUUUUAUGGCAUGCGACGAGAGGAACACACUCAGGAUAAUGUCGUAUGAAAAGUCCAGUGGCGACGACUGACGAGUGAUGAUGAGGCGGACCUCCUCCUUACAGGUGAUCAACCCUCCCAGAGGUCAUCAGUUGGGUGGCAGGCAGACAGGGCUGCAGAUGUUGAAGCUGAAAUCGAACUUGAUCAGAGGGUCACUGAGAGGGACAAAACGAGAGUAAGAUUGAUAGAGUGAGGGGGUGACUGUGUACGAGCGAGAAAGAGAGAGGGAGAGAGAGAGAGAGAGACUGACAGAGGGACUCACACACAGAAUUGCUUCAAGUGAUCAGUGCUGAGUGAUGAACUACACAAGGGAGAUAGUGUGCAUGAAAUGAGUUCACCUGUCAAAUCGUAAACGUCCUCACUCUCACUGUUCGUCUAAUCGCGUCCAUAAUUGACAAUUCUCUCUCUUGUCCGUCAUCCGCAGUGUGUGAGAGAGUUUGUGUGAGUGGUGCUGGAGUGUAUGUCUUCUUGACAUCGCUCUUAGUGGUGAGGUCCUCGCGUCCGCUAUACCGCAGUCUUAAGACUUUCCCCUCCCGUGUCAUGUGUGCGUUGUGUCUUGCCUUUUAAUUCUCCUGGUGACCCGAAGAACGUCCACUACCUGCACCUCUUGGAACUUCCCUUUUGGCGUUACUGCUCGCCUUUACAAUUGGCGAGGAAGAAAAUGCUAAGAUCGAGCUCAUUCAUACGCUCCUAUCUGGUCCUCACUCCUUUUGCGUCUUGCUAGUCCUUCACCCAUUACGAGACUUUGGAUGCUCGUUGUGAUUGGGGAGAUUGUUCGAAGAAAGGUACCUUUGUGACGCCGGUCGUAUCCUGUCGUCUUCACCUCGGGUAGUAUUCAAAGGACAACGCGGUUGUUUGGGAGAAGAAGCUAUAUGCUGGAGAUAGGCAGUGAACAAGUGUGUGUGUGUUCUUUUAUUAUUAUAUUAUUAUUAUUAUUUUUGAAUCCUGCCUGCGAAGAGAGACGUGACGGAGUAAUUGCCAUCGGGGGCUCGUAGAAUUCACCCGGAUUGUAGCUAUUUGGCGUCAGCACAGGGGGGUGUGGAAAUUGGCAUUACGCUCAAUGGCAGUGCAAUCACAAUACCCGGCCAACGUUAUUCUCACAGAUGACGGAACCAACAGGACCCGGACUGUGGCUGGAGAUGAAGACCACCGUAGCUUCUUGACGGCCGGUGGUAUUAAUCAGAAUUCUUUCAACCUUGGGAAGUUCCAGACUCCGUCGACCGUGAUGAUCGGAUCCAAUCAGUUUCGUCAAUUCAAUCAACUUGUAGGCGUGCAUCAGGGUUACGCGCCACAGGUUGAUGCCUCCCAUCUGAAUGGUGCCGAGAAGGAAAUCGCCGCUAGCAAUCUUCUUGGAUCAAGGAAAAGAGCACGAGAAACAGAGGAGCUCCGAAGCCAAUGGCUGCAGCAACGGCAGCUUCUGAUGAACAGCGUGUCCGAUUUCCAUCAGAAUACUGGUCCUGGAUCUGUGGUGAACCCACAAUCAACAGGUGUUUCGACGGGAUUGCGUCUCACCUUUGAGGAUGACCGGCUACGCUCUAGCUCCCCCGUCUCUACCAGCGGACGAGUUGAGGCUACCAAGAAUUCUGUCUCAAGCAUGACCGAGAGUUUUGGCACGCAUUUGCAGCAAGAAAGAAAUGAGAUUGAUCACCUUCUGAAAAUUCAGAGUGAGCAACUGAAGGCCUUUCUCGAAGAGAAGAGGCAACGUCACUCACGCCAACUUGUAGCUGCAGUGGAGGAAAGAUAUUCACGCAGGCUACGCGAAAAGGAUCUGGAAGUAGAGAAAGUGAAGCGCCAGAACCAAGAAUUGAUGGAGCGUUUCACACAGCUCAACGCUGAAUCGCAUCACUGGCAAAACAAGCUUCGCACAACGGAGGCCAUGAUGACCGUCCUUAAAUCCAAUUUGCACCAGACCCAGCAGCAGCAGCAGGGCUACCCGCUGAGCAGGGAGCAAAGCAAGGAAGGGUGCGGUGAUAGCGAGGCGGAUGACUGCGCGUCCUCAUACGUGGAUGACCGCAACGACGCCCACACUCGCACCUUCAAUGAAAACAAGGAGCUCCGGGAGCAGCGCACUUGCAGGGUGUGCCGAUGCAAUGACGUCUCUGUGCUGCUCUUGCCCUGCCGGCACCUGUGUCUGUGCCAAGACUGCGAAGGCCAGCUUCACGCUUGCCCUCUUUGCCGAACUCCCAAGAACGCCAGCGUGCAAGUGUACAUGUCCUGAAUCGGAACCAAUCCUUUCUUAACCCUAGGAAUCCAAUCGUGGGGCUGAUAGGGCACCAACAUAUAUAGAGCAAUUAUAUGAAUCAUACAGCAGUCCACAGAUGAGUGUCUACAUACAAUCAACAGAUGUUUAGUCGAUCACCAUGUCGGAUGGUCGAUUUAGAGUUAUCACCACUCAUUUUUCUCUUAAGAGAAAGGGCAAAUGUGGAUAGAUAGGAUAAGGUUUAUUCAAUUUGCAUGCGCCACUGCUGUGGGUGCGUGUCAAGGUUUUGCAGUGUGCCAUUUACUUGUUAGUGCGACCAACCUCCGUUUACGAUGUACAUGCUCCCCAAUUUUUUGCAGUUCUAGAAGGUUUAUCACAUUUUAGUGAUCCAUUAUCUCAC